UUUAUUUGUUAACUCCCCGUCUCCUCUCCCGCCUCUAAUUAGUUUGUUUCAUCUGUUCCUUUUAACUUGCAACUUCCUUUCUCUGUCCUUCUCUGUCUCAAAUUCCCUCACCACUGUUUACAAUAUCUCUCUCGGUGGUCCUUAUAUUUUUGGGUUGUUCUGUUUAGUUGUUUUGCAAAGAAAAAGAAAAAGAAGAAAAUGAGAGAUGAUGGAGGAGCAGAUUGCACUAAAUUUGUUGACACUGGGAGCAAUACUAUACCCAGAUCAAAAUUUGGCAAUAUAAUGCAUUCUGACCCUAAUAUGUCAUCCACCGUUAAUGAUGAGGAUUUUUCAAUCCGCAACAGCAGCGCUUCAGCUGUAACUCCAGGCUUUUUCGACCCAAAUCGAUUGAGCUGUGAAGGGUCUCCCAUGACUAUGUCACCAUGGAAUAAUACCUCUCCUUUUACCAAAUCUCCAUGGGCUAAUUUUGAGGAAAAUAUUCCCCAGAAUGGACUCAUUGGUUCUCUUGUUCGCGAAGAGGGACAUAUUUAUUCAUUGGCUGCAAAGAAAGAUCUUCUUUAUACAGGUUCUGAUAGCAAGAACAUUCGUGUGUGGAAGAAUCUGAAAGAAUUUUCUGGGUUCAAAUCUAGCAGUGGUUUGGUUAAAGCGAUUAUAAUCUCUGGAGAAAAGAUCUUCACUGGUCAUCAAGAUGGAAAGAUACGAGUUUGGAAAGUUUCUCCAAAGAAUCUAAGCGUACACAAACGCUCAGGAACUUUACCUACACUAAAAGACAUAUUCAAAAGCUCAAUCAAACCAAGCAAUUACGUUCAAGUUCGAAACCACCGCUCAGCUCUCUGGAUAAAGCAUUCUGAUGCUGUGUCUUGCUUAAGCUUUAACGAAGAUCAAACCCUUUUAUACUCUGCUUCUUGGGAUAGAACCUUCAAAGUCUGGAGAAUCUCAGACUCAAAAUGUCUCGAAUCUAUCAGCGCUCACGACGACGCGGUGAACUCUGUCGUGGCAACAACGGAAGGAAUGGUGUUUACAGGAUCAGCUGAUGGAACCGUAAAAGUCUGGAAAAGAGAACAGCCAGGGAAAACCACAAAGCAUAACAUGGUUCAGACAUUGUUAAAACAAGAAUGUGCUGUUACAGCUUUAGCUGUAAACACCUCUGGUUCAGUGCUGUACUGUGGAUCAAGUGACGGUGUAGUGAACUAUUGGGAAAGAGAAAAGCAGUUGUCUCAUGGUGGAGUUCUUAAAGGCCAUAAACUAGCGGUUCUGUGCCUUGCGGCUGCAGGGAAUUUGGUGUUCAGCGGAUCAGCAGAUAAAACAAUCUGUGUUUGGAGGAGAGAUGGAAAUAUUCACACAUGUCUGUCUGUGCUGACUGGGCAUACUGGGCCUGUCAAGUGCUUGGCUGUGGAGGAAGAUAGGGAGCAGUCUAAACCUGGAGAUCAAAGGUGGGUGGUGUACAGCGGGAGUCUUGAUAAGUCUGUUAAGGUCUGGAGUGUAUCUGAACUAGCACCUGAUGUUAAUCAGGUGGCUAUGAUGCAACAGCAGCAGCACUAUGCGAUGCAGCCUGAUAGGGGUGACCCUGCUACAUCUGAAGAUAGUAGCAGAGCAGGCAGGAUGUUCUAAUCUCAACAACAUUGGAUCUUUAAUUACUUACCAAACGUUGCUGCUGGUAAAUGGAUUAAUUGAAGGUAUAUGCCCGUGGAAAGCUAUUAUUGAGGCUUGCCCAGCAGAGAGCGAAACAAAGGACAAAAUAAUGAGUGCCAGUUUUUGUAUAUCCUAGUGGAUGUUGUGCGACUAAAACUAAUUGCUUCACCAUUCAGAUUGUAGAUUUUACCCAGUAAUAUACCCUCAUUAUGUUUUUACUUUCA